AUGCCUUCAGCCAAGAAGCGCUCGAAACAAAGUUCAAGCUCAAAGCCAACAACUCGCCAAUCUGCUCGCAAGAAGCGCAACCAGUCUCCAGACCCCAGCACCGAUGGGGAACAAUCUGAUACCUCUCGAGAUGACAGCAAAGAAAAUUCUGAUGAAGACAACGACAAACAUCCAGACAAAGACGAAGAUUCAAACAUUAAUCUCAAAAACGCUGUACUUCCCACUCUAGCAAACUAUGCCACCGUAGGUGUGGAAUGGACUGAUACCUACUUAGACAAAGUACUGGCUAGACGAAAGAUUGGAUCAAACAACCGACCUUCACAAGACAUUCUCUUGGAAGCUCAAGCGCUACAGGACACCUUCGAACAAUCGCUCAAGAUGCUAAGUCUUGCCGGGCACGUCAGUUAUCCCACCUUGAGGGCAGCCCUGUUCCUCGGACCUAGUCAACGUGCUACCACAGCGUACGAUACCUACCGAGCAUACAGCAAGAAGAACACCCAGGAAACAGCUAUGCCACCUCGCAAUACUCGUCCCGGUUUUGCACCACGUAACAAAGCUAUUGGGAAUGUGUGGACCAGCCUUGAUACCCUACAAAAAGCUAUCUUCCACCCCCCCUUCUUCAAACGAUUAGCUGAAGCUGUCUUACAGCCAGAUAGUGUUCAAAGCUCAAUACCAGCAACCGAAGAUUCUCUCAACCCCUCUGAUUUAACUUCCUACAUCCCAACCUUCCGCGAGCUAGUCAAUAUGCGUAAGGUUGAACGUCAUUUCGAACGUGGAUCACUCGGCAUUCCACAGAGUGUACAAAGUGAAAAGAAAGGUCGUGACAAGGUGGGCAAAGUUGUCAAACAACUUCAUGCACUGCAUGCACAGUUUCAAAUCGAAUUUCAUCUUCUUGUGUCAUCGUUCACCCCAAAGACUAAACUUGCCAAGGCUCUAUGGAUGGAGGAGUACACGUCUUGUGAUCGAUGGGCACAGUUGGUCAAAUCUGAGCAUCAUUUACUUGAAAAUUUUGCCAAGAGAGUCCACUCAAUAUCCAUCAAGAUCCAGUGCCCAUUUCGUCUUACAGGCAAAUUGGAUGAAACAACCAAUACCUGGGAGCUCCACCACGUUCGAAUCGGUCACAAUCAUGGACCGGCGGACACAGAGGCAAAGCAAAUGUCUGUAGCUGUUCCUAUUGUUCCUAAUAUAGUUUAUACACAGGAAAUCGACAGUCGUGCUAAAAUCGAGAGUCGUGCUACACGCAUCUUGCAACUGUCACCAAGAAGACAGGACAUCAUAUUACAGGAGUUGGACAAACUCAUAAAUCAACACAGUACCAUACAUUCGGUCACAAGUCCUCCAAAGGUCAAUGAGGCUGAUUCCAACGAAGAUGAAGUUGCUCUAGCCCUUGGAUUUUCGAAAGACUUGGAUAAGAGUGCCACCGACAAACAUGUAGGAUUUUGUCUUCAGCAACAGUCAACCCAAGACGACUCGCCUGACUUAGAACGUUCACUCUAG